AUGGCGGCGCUCAGGGCUGUCUGCACCCUCCGGGGUGUCACGGCCCAGGUGCUGCGGCCCGGGAGUGGGGUCCGACUGUCGAUUCAGCCCAGCAGAGGUGCUCGACAGUGGCAGCCAGAUGUGGAGUGGGCAGAGCAGUUUGGAGGAGCAGUCAUGUACCCCUCCAAGGAAACAGCCCACUGGAAGCCUCCACCUUGGAAUGAUGUGGAUCCUCCUAAGGACACGAUGGUGUCGAACCUGACCCUGAACUUCGGGCCCCAGCACCCAGCAGCCCAUGGAGUCCUGCGGCUAGUGAUGGAAUUGAGUGGAGAGAUGGUGCGGAAGUGUGACCCUCACAUCGGACUGCUACACCGGGGCACUGAGAAGCUCAUUGAAUAUAAGACCUAUCUGCAGGCCCUGCCAUAUUUUGAUCGUUUAGACUAUGUCUCCAUGAUGUGUAAUGAACAGGCCUAUUCACUGGCUGUGGAGAAGUUGCUCAACAUCCAGCCUCCUCCUCGGGCACAGUGGAUCCGAGUGCUGUUUGGGGAAAUCACACGGCUUUUGAAUCACAUCAUGGCUGUGACCACGCAUGCCCUGGACAUUGGGGCCAUGACCCCCUUCUUCUGGAUGUUUGAAGAAAGGGAGAAGAUGUUUGAGUUCUAUGAGCGAGUAUCGGGAGCCCGAAUGCAUGCUGCUUACGUCCGGCCAGGAGGAGUGCACCAGGACCUCCCCCUAGGGCUUAUGGAUGACAUCUAUGAGUUUGCUAAGAACUUUUCUCUCCGGAUUGAUGAGGUAGAAGAGAUGCUGACCAAUAAUAGAAUCUGGAAAAAUCGGACAGUCGACAUUGGUGUUGUAACAGCGGAGGAUGCACUUAACUAUGGUUUCAGCGGGGUGAUGCUCCGGGGCUCAGGCAUCCAGUGGGACCUGCGGAAGACGCAGCCCUAUGAUGUUUAUGACCAGGUGGAGUUUGAUGUUCCCAUUGGCUCUCGAGGGGACUGCUAUGAUAGGUACCUGUGUCGGGUGGAAGAGAUGCGCCAGUCCCUUCGAAUCAUCAUACAGUGUCUCAACAAGAUGCCUCCUGGGGAGAUCAAAGUUGAUGACGCCAAAGUGUCUCCCCCUAAGCGAGCAGAGAUGAAGACUUCCAUGGAGUCAUUGAUUCAUCACUUCAAGCUUUACACUGAGGGCUACCAGGUUCCUCCAGGGGCUACAUACACUGCUAUUGAGGCUCCUAAGGGUGAGUUUGGAGUGUACCUGGUAUCUGAUGGCAGCAGCCGCCCUUAUCGGUGCAAGAUCAAAGCUCCUGGUUUUGCCCACCUGGCUGGCCUGGAUAAGAUGUCUAAGGGACACAUGUUGGCGGAUGUUGUUGCCAUCAUAGGUACCCAAGAUAUUGUGUUUGGAGAAGUGGAUCGGUGA